UGCAAAAGCUCCCUGGAAUCCCGAGCUCCACCGCCAUCCUACCACGACCUCCAGUUGAACCACAGGCUUCGCUCAACAGAUGUGUAACACGGAAAAAACCAAGCCUCCGCCACUUACAAGCCCGUGAGCAGAUGUUUUUUCCAGGCUGGAACACUCAGACGCCUUCUCAACAACAAACCGAGCAGCCAAUCAGACGGCGUGAAAAGAUCCCUGUCCGCCUUCCUCCUCUGAAAUCUAGGACCAAGAUGACACAAAAUAUUGUGUCAACCCCUACGCCCCCCCCCAGGCGUCCCUUUUCGAUCAAGGGUACUGGAAUACUGGAAACAACUUCCACAGUUAAACUCUUUAACUAUAGUGCAGAUGACUCUGUGAUGAUAACCCAGGAAGGUGUAGUAGUAAUGUAUAAGGACGAGGUUGAGUUCAUAUCCCACGAGAGCUGGGAAAAGGAGUAUGACGACCACUGCAAGCUGAUCCACAUCCCCUUCUUUGCCCGCUUCAAAAUGUGGAAACCCUUCUAUGUCUGGCGCACCAAUGUUCGCACCAAGAAGAUUCUCUUGGCCAGGAAGUCUCUCCAAAGAUCUUUGUUUAUUCUCAAUCAGUCUCUAAGUCUUCCACUGAUGGAAAUCAGGAACAUGUGUUACCAGAUCAAUGACAUAGGCUUGUGUCACAUGGAGAAGAAACACACUUACACACUGCAGGAGUUUCGGGACAUCCAGUUCAAACAACUGCAAGAGGUGACUUUGGAGACGUUUCAAGACCUGGUAAAGGAGCUGACAGUUUGUGCGUGUCGAAACUACUACAAGGAUCUUCAAAUCACAUUUAAAGAAACACAUGAUGGAGAUUGCAAUAACCUUUUUGCACACACCAGCAAGACUCUUUACUCCGGCCGCCUCAUCUGCUUCAUCCGUCUUAUUGAUUGUUUGGUCAGCAACACGCUGCACGUCUUAGUGGUGAACGCAGUGUCCAAACUGCUGGCCGUGCUCCAGGAGCAGGUCCAUCACACGCCCAGCCAUGAUGUUAUUCAGAGUUGGAGCCUGCACUCUGAGGCUGCCGCUGACCCUACGAGAGAAGAGAUGGAUAAAAAGUCAGGAAGUUGCCGUGUUCAACCUUUGUUCAUCUCUGAGCUGAUGCUGGACCCAAAUGCUUUGACCUACAAACCCUCUGAGGAGAACUUUCAGGAGACUGUUGCAGAGAUCAUCGAGUGGUUUAAGACAACGGUGAUGUCGGUCAAUUCACUGAGGGCAGAUCCCGAUUUUGAUUCAGAGACUGGAGACUACACGAUGUUGGAACUUAUUUAUGAGGAUAGCCCCCGUUUGGAAUCCAUGAUAGAGAAUGAUGGCCACCUGAAAAGUAUCAUCCAGAACAUCGAGGAAUCCCUCCAGUUUGCCUUUGACGCAGCAAAAGUGUACUCGCGCACAUUUGAGCGUUUUCGCCUGUUCUAUAAAGAGAACGAGGGUCUGGAUCUGGAUGCAAUGCGGCAACAGGAUCAGGGUUUGUCCUUUUUUGGAAAAACAAUGGAGUUAUACCACAGUGAGCACAAGGAGGCCGCAGCCAUCCAACAGAAGAGACAUCUCGGCUUACUGCUCGUGGACAACACAGAGCUCAAAGAGAAGCUCGUGUCCUCUCCGCUCCGCUGCCUGGAGGCCAUCAACAAGAUGCUCACCCAGCAGGCUAAGACAAAGCUAGACGCUGUCAUUGGCGAGGCUUGUGACGCUCAAUACAAACUCGAGUACAGUCCCUCCACCACGAUGGAGUUAGCCAACUCCCUCACUUUCCUGGAUGAGAUACAGGAGAGGAUUACGGUGCUAGAAGAGGAGCAGGAGACAGUGUGUCAGAUGUACAAUCUGAUUAAUAUGUACUCAGUUCCCACGCCACCUGAGGAUCUGAUUGUUUUCGCCACCUUGCAACCCUCCAUUAGCUCAUUGCAGAGCAUCAUCGAUGAGGCGGCUGCAGAGAGGGAGUCCAGCAUGGAGAAGCUGUGCAGCUCCAUGCACAAGGACAUAAAGGAGCUGAAUCGUCAGGUUACGCAAAUCAAGCUUAAGUCACAUAAUCCACAACUCCUUGACAUCAAUGCAGAUUCCUCCCAAGUGCAUCUGCUGCUGGGGGGGAUCCGGAUAUCCAUAGACGAGCUGCAGGACCAGGCCUCCGCCUACACCUCCUACCAGAAGAAAUUCAAGGUGGAGGUCACCAGAUUCGACACCCUGGAGGAGCUUACUGCAGAGUUUCGGCUGAAGCAGCUGCUGUGGGACUCUCUGGAGGAAUGGGACUCUUUAUCAGAUGGAUGGAGGCAGAGCACACUUGACCAACUGGACCUGGAGCAGUUCAGCUCGCAGGUCAACAAAUACAGCAAAUACGUCAACCAGCUGGAGAAGGGUCUGCCACGUAACAAUGUAGUGCCAAGACUUAAGGACAAGGUGGAAGUCAUGAAGCAGAGGCUGCCUGUGAUCACUGAUCUACGUAACCCAUGUAUGAAGCCAGAGCACUGGAGGACUGUGGAGUCUGCUGUGGGGACCGCACUGAAUGGGGAGGAGCUUACUGUGGCUGGUUUGGAGGAGCUCAACGUCUUCUCCUAUGGCAUGGAGAUACAGGAGGUGUCUGGACAGGCUUCAGGAGAAGCAUCCUUGGAGACCAUCAUUACAAAGGUGGAGGACAUGUGGAAGACCACAGAGUUCACUCUGCUGUCUCACGGUGACUCCAAAGACGGGUUCAUCUUGGGGGGCACGGAUGAUAUCCAGGUGCUCCUGGAUGACAGCAUUAUCAACGUGGGCACGGUGGCGUCUUCUCGCUAUGUGGCUCCCAUCAAGUCCAGGGUGGAGAAAUUGCUGAGGCAUCUGACCCUCUUCAACCAAACCCUGGAUGAGUGGCUUACAUGUCAAAGGAACUGGCUAUACCUAGAGAGUAUCUUCUUGGCCCAAGACAUCAAGAGGCAGCUGCCUACAGAGUCCAAGAUGUUUCUUAAGGUGGACAAGUCCUGGAAGGAGAUAAUGGCAAAGGUCAACAAGAUGCCCAAUGCCCUUAAGGCAGCCACACAGCCUGAUCUGUUGGAGACUUUUCAGUACAACAACAGUCUUUUGGAUGAGAUACAGAAGUGUCUGGAAGACUACCUGGAGUCCAAGAGAGUCAUCUUCCCCAGGUUCUGCUUCUUAUCUAAUGAUGAGCUACUAAAGAUCUUGGCCCAGACAAGAAACCCGCAGGCGGUGCAGCCCCACCUCAGGAAGUGUUUUGACGCCAUUAUACGGCUCGACUUCGCUUUGCUGUUCGAACAAUCGUCUGGGGCCAACACGGCGCUGGAUGCUGCAGAACAGGAGACUAUCUAUAGCAAAGACAUCCUCAACAUGGUUUCUCCUGAGGGAGAGAAGGUGGGUUUGACUAAAGGUCUGAGGGCACAAGGCAAUGUGGAAGAUUGGCUUUGUAAGGUGGAGGAGGCUAUGUUCUCCUCCCUGCGACGCCUCAGCAAGGCUGCCAUUGCUGACUACCAGGUGAAGUCUAGAGAGGAAUGGGUGGUGGCCGGACAUCCAUCGCAGGUGGUGCUGACUAUCUCCCAGAUGAUGUGGUGCAGGGACAUGGACGCCUGCCUGGAUGGAGACCACGACCACUUCGCUGCCCUGCAGGAGUUUGAACUCACAAGCAUUGAUAGGCUGAAUGCUCUGGCGGCGUUGGUACGAGGAGUGCUGCCUACUUCACACCGUAAUAUCAUCACUGCCCUCAUCACCAUCGAUGUCCACGCCAGAGACAUUGUCACAGAUCUAGUCCACCAGAAGGUGGACACCAGGUCUAACUUUGAAUGGCAGAGACAGCUACGCUACUACUGGGACCUGUACCUGGACACCUGUGUAGCCAAAAUGGCUCUGUCCACUUACAUUUACGGCUAUGAAUACCUGGGAGCCUGUCCUAGACUGGUCAUCACACCACUCACUGACCGUUGCUAUUUGUGUCUGAUGGGGGCGCUCCAGUUAGACCUGGGAGGAGCUCCAGCUGGGCCAGCAGGGACGGGCAAAACAGAGACCACCAAGGACUUGGCUAAAGCCCUGGCCAUUCAGUGUGUGGUCUUCAACUGCUCUGAUGGACUCGACUACAAGAUGAUGGGGCGCUUCUUCAGUGGGCUUGCUCAGUCGGGCGCUUGGUGUUGUUUUGACGAAUUUAAUCGAAUCGACAUUGAGGUGUUGUCUGUCAUCGCUCAGCAGCUCAUAACCAUACGAAACGCCAAAGCUAAUAAGCUGUCAAGGUUUCAAUUUGAGGGCCGGGAGAUCAAGCUGGUGAUGACGUGUGCUGCGUUCAUCACCAUGAACCCAGGCUAUGCUGGAAGGACGGAGCUACCUGACAACCUCAAAGCUCUCUUUAGACCCAUAGCCAUGAUGGUGCCGAACUACGCUCUCAUUGCUGAGGUGAUUUUGUACUCAGAAGGAUUCGAGUCCAGUAAGACCCUGGCGAGGAAAAUGACCCAGAUGUACAAGCUUUGCUCGGAGCAGCUGUCCCAGCAGGACCACUACGACUUUGGCAUGAGAGCCGUCAAGUCUGUCCUUGUCAUGGCAGGCAGCCUGUGUAGAGAAAACCCCCACCUCAGUGAGGACGUGGUUCUUAUCAGAGCCCUGAGGGAUUCCAACCUGCCAAAGUUCCUCACUGACGAUGCUGUGCUGUUUGGUGGUAUCUUAUCCGACCUCUUCCCUGGUGUGAGUAUUCCCGAGCAUGACUACGGCGUGCUACACACCACCAUCCUGGAGUCUCUGGUUAAGCGAAACCUACAGCCAUUGGCUUCCAUGACCAAGAAGGUGAUCCAGCUGUAUGAGACCAUGUUAGUGCGUCAUGGUGUCAUGCUGGUGGGGCCUACUGGUGGAGGUAAGACCACCGUCUAUAGAAUCCUGGCAGACACACUGGAGACUCUCCAUCGCACGGAGCGCAAGGCGAACAACCCCUUCUAUCAGCACGUCAAGACCUAUGUUCUCAACCCCAAAUCUGUCACAAUGGGAGAGCUCUACGGAGAGGUUAACACAUUAACACUGGAGUGGCGUGACGGACUGAUGGCGCUGAGUGUCCGACACGCGGUCAACGACUACAGCGACGACCACAAGUGGGUGAUCUGCGACGGGCCGGUGGACGCCCUGUGGAUUGAGAACAUGAACACGGUGCUGGAUGACAACAAGAUGCUCUGUCUGGCGAACAGCGAGCGAAUCAAACUCACUCCAUCCAUACACAUGGUGUUUGAGGUCCAGGACUUGGCUGUGGCAUCUCCAGCCACCGUCAGUCGCUGUGGGAUGGUAUAUAUUGACCCAAAUGAGCUCAAGUGGAUGCCCUAUGUCCAGACGUGGAUCAGCAAUCUAGGAGCCAAGCUCCCAGACCCGGUGCAAACAUACCUGCUGGAGCUGUUUGAGCAGUAUGUGGAGAAGGGUCUUCAGUUCGUGUUGAAACGUUGCACCCAGGCAAUUCGACAAGUGGACAUCAGUAAAGUCACCACUCUGUGCUCCCUGCUGGAGGCCCUGCUGCUGGGGAAAGGAGGGCCACACCUUCAAAUGGAUUCCAACCAUCUCAACAGUAUAUUAUGCCAGACCUUCAUUUUUUGCUACCUGUGGGCAGUCGGCGGAAACCUGACCAGUUCUCACUGGGAUGCUUUUGACACCUUUGUCAGACAGCAGUUUGAAGGCAACAACAAUUCUAAGCUCCCGAAGAAUGUUACCCUGUGGAGCGUGUACAUGAACUUCAAUCACAAACGUCUGGAGCCGUGGGAGGCGAUAAUCCCGCCAUUUAAAUACAACAGCGAGCAGCCCUUUUUUGAGAUGCUGGUCCCCACCACAGACACCGUCCGCUACGGCUACCUGAUGGAGAAACUGCUAUCUGUGCGACGUUCUGUGCUCUUCACUGGCAGCACUGGAGUGGGGAAGUCAGUGGUGGCUCGAGGCCUUCUUAACAGAAUCCAGGAACAGGUGGGAUACCUCCCCGUCUACAUCAACUUCUCGGCUCAGACCUCCUCCGCCCGCACGCAGGAGAUCAUUGAGUCCAAACUGGAGAAAAAGAGGAAAAACAUUUUGGGUGCUCCCGGUAACAAGAAGUUAUUGGUCUUUGUGGAUGACCUGAAUAUGCCCAAACUGGACAGCUAUGGCUCUCAGCCUCCUAUAGAACUCCUGCGUCAGUUCCAGGACUUUUCUGGCUUCUACGACAGAAACAAGUUUGUCUGGAAGGAGAUUCAGGAAAUGACCAUUGCCGCAGCGUGUGCUCCUCCGGGAGGGGGGCGCAAUCUGGUGACCCCCCGAUUCAUUCGACACUUCAGCAUGCUGUGUCUUCCCACACCCUCGGAACACAGCCUCAAGCAGAUAUUCAAAGCCAUCCUGAGCGGUUUCCUUAGUGAGUUUUCCCAGGCGGUGAAGGACUGUGCCGGUCAGAUCGUGGAUGCAGCUGUGGAGAUUUACAACCGUUUGAGUGUAGAUCUGCUGCCCACUCCAGCUAAGUCCCACUAUGUCUUCAAUCUCAGGGACCUCUCCAAGUGCGUCCAAGGUAUACUGCAGUGUGAGCCGAGUCAAGUGAGAGACAAGAACCAGAUCUUCCGUCUCUUCUGCCACGAGUGUCAGCGAGUGUUCCACGACCGACUUAUUAACAACCAAGAUAAAACCUAUUUCAACACCAUCGUCUCUGAGAUGGCCGGCAAAUAUUUUAGCAUUCACUUGGAGCCCUCAUACUUUGUCACUCAGCCCAUCAUAUUUGGGGACUUCAUCAAGGUGGGUGCAGAGAAAGAAGAGCGUCUGUAUGAGGAUCUGACAGACAUGGAUAAGAUUCAGACUGUUCUCCAGGACUACCUCGAUGAUUACAACAUGACCUUCUCCAAGGAGACCAAGCUGGUUUUCUUCCAAGACGCCGUCGAGCACGUUUCCAGGAUUUCCCGUAUGAUUCGCCAGGAGAGAGGCAAUGCCCUGCUAGUGGGUGUGGGAGGUACAGGCAAGCAGUCGCUCACUCGCUUGGCAUCCCACAUGUGCGGGUACCGCUGCUUCGAGAUCGAGCUGAGCCGAGGCUACAACUACGACAGCUUCCACGAGGACUUGAGGAGGCUCUACAAGAUGGCUGGUGUGGAGGGCAAGGAUAUGGUGUUCCUCUUUACGGAUACUCAGAUUGUGGUGGAGGGAUUUUUGGAGGAUAUCAACAACAUACUGAACUCUGGCGAGGUGCCCAACCUUUUUGAGAAAGAUGAGCUGGAACAGGUGCUAGCUGCCACCCGCCCUAAAGCCAAAGAGGCUGGAAUCAGUGAGGAGAACAGGGAUGAGGUGUUCCAGUAUUUCAUCUCUCGUGUCCGGGAGAAGCUGCACAUCGUGCUGUGCAUGAGUCCCGUCGGCGAUGCCUUCAGGUCCCGCUGUCGAUUGUUUCCUUCACUGGUUAACUGCUGCACCAUUGACUGGUUUGUGCAGUGGCCUCGUGAGGCGCUGCUCUCCGUCUCGCAGGCCUUCUUCCAGAAUGUGGACUUUGGCAGCGCGGAGCUGAAGCAGAGCUUCUCAGCCAUGUGCGUGGAGAUACAUGUUAGCGUCACUGACAUGGCUGAGCGCUUCUACUCCGAGCUGAGACGCAGAUAUUACACCACGCCUACAUCCUACCUGGAGCUCAUCAACCUCUACCUGUCCAUGCUAGAGGACAAGAGACGGCAGCUAAUUCUUGCCAAGGAUCGUGUAAAGAACGGUCUGACCAAACUGCUGGAGACCAAUGAGCUUGUGGACACAAUGAAAGUGGACCUGUCUGCUCUGGAGCCAGUCCUGAAACUAAAAUCCAUCGAUGUUGAUGCCCUCAUGGAGAAACUGGCUGUAGACCAGGAGAGCGCUGACGAGGUGCGUAAAGUAGUGACGGAGGACGAGGCUUUGGCCAAGUUCAAAGCUGAAGACACCCAGGCUAUAGCCGAUGAUGCCCAGAGGGACCUGGAUGAGGCCAUGCCAGCCCUGGAGGGGGCCAAUCAGGCCCUUAGUUCUCUCGACAAGGCUGACAUCUCUGAGAUCAAGGUGUUCACCAAACCCCCAGACCUCGUCAUGACCGUCAUGGAGGCCGUCUGCAUCCUGCUCAACUACAAACCCGACUGGCACGGUGCCAAGCAAUUACUGGGUGACGCCAAUUUCCUCAGGCGUCUGACAGACUAUGACAAGGACAAUAUCAAGCCUCAGAUCCUGCUGAAGCUGCAAAAAUAUGUCAACAACCCUGAUUUCAUACCUGAGAAGGUGGAGAAAGUAUCCAAAGCCUGCAGAUCAAUGUGCAUGUGGGUCAGAGCCAUGGAUCUUUACUCCAAAGUCCUCAAAGAAGUCGGCCCCAAGAGAGAAAAACUGGCCAAUGCGCAGGGGGAGCUGGAUGCGACUAUGGCAACCCUCAGGGAGAAGCAACAAAAGCUCCAGGAGGUGGAGAACCAGAUCCAAGUCCUCCAGGAUCAGUUUGAAAGCAGCGUAAACGAGAAGGAGGAAUUGGUAAACACCAUGGCUCUGACACAGGCUCGGUUGACCAGGGCAGGGAAGCUAACGUCUGCUCUCGGUGAUGAACAAGUACGCUGGGAAGAAAGCGUUGCGUUGUUUGAGCAAGAGAUCAUCAACGUUGUGGGGAAUGUCUUUAUUGCAGCUGCUUGUGUGGCCUACUAUGGAGCGUUCACUUCCCAAUACAGACAGCUGCUAAUUGACCAGUGGAUAAUACAGUGCCAGGAACUAAACAUCCCCAUCAGUUCCAGCUUCAGCCUGAUCAACAUUCUGGGUGACCCAUUCGUCAUCCGCCAGUGGAACGCGGAGGGUCUUCCUCGUGACACCGUCUCUACGGAGAACGGGAUCCUGGUGACCGAGGGCCGCCGCUGGCCUCUUAUGAUCGACCCGCAGGAUCAGGCCAACCGAUGGAUCCGCUCCAAGGAGGCCAAGCAUGGUCUGAAGGUGAUCAAGCUGACAGACCCAAACUUUCUUCGUACACUAGAGAACGCCAUACGCAUGGGCAUGCCUGUCCUGCUGGAGGAGAUAAAGGAGACCGUAGAUCCAGCUCUGGAGCCCAUCCUGCUGAAGCAGACAUUUGUGGCUGGUGGACGGACAUUGAUCCGACUCGGAGACUCCGAUAUCGACUACGACAAAAACUUCAGGUUCUAUAUGACCACCAAGAUGGCCAACCCACAUUACCUGCCAGAGGUGUGCAUCAAAGUUACGAUUAUCAACUUUACCGUGACCAGGUCCGGCUUGGAGGAUCAGCUGCUAAGUGACGUGGUGCGUCUGGAGAGUCCACACCUUGAGGUACAGAGGAAUGAACUGAUUGUGCGCAUCAACGCUGACCGCAACCAGCUGAAGGAUAUCGAAGAUCGCAUCCUGAAGCUUCUCUUCACCUCUGAGGGGAAUAUACUCGACAACGAGGAGCUAGUUCAGACUCUCCAGGAGUCAAAGGUGACAUCAGAGACCAUAAAGCAUCGUCUGGAGGAAGCAGAGGCCACUGAGCUGAUGAUCAACUCUGCGAGGGAGCGCUACCGACCCGUGGCCACCCGAGGCUCAAUCUUGUACUUUGUCAUCGCCAGUCUCUCGGAGAUCGAUCCAAUGUACCAGUUCUCCCUCAAGUACUUCAAACAGCUCUUUAACUCCACCAUUGAGAUGUCAGAGAAGAGCAGCGUAUUAGAAGAGCGUCUCCAGAUCCUGCUGGACCAGAUCCUGCUCAACUCCUACAUCAAUGUGUCCCGUGGCCUCUUUGAGAAGCACAAGCUUAUCUACAGCUUCAUGCUGUGCAUAGAGAUCAUGAGGCAGCGUGGCGAGAUUUCCGACACCGAGUGGCAGCACUUUCUGAAAGGACCUGCCUCUUUGGAAAAGGACUAUGCCGAACGGCCUGAUGUGCCAUGGCUAAGUGAUUUUUACUGGCAGACAUGUUGCGAGCUGGAGGACACACUGCCCUGCUUCAAGGACAUCUCCAAGGAGAUCACCAGAACCCAUAUCCACAUCGAGCUCGGACGUUUCCAAGCGUCUAUUAAUCCGGAGAACUGGGAAGGCUAUGCGUCAGAGUUGACUCCUCUCGGGAAGUCCAAAGAGGUGACGCAGGAGAGCGAGAUCAGAGGUGACUGGACUGAGCGGCUGGGAGCCUUCCAGAAUCUCAUCCUCAUAAAGAGCUUCCUGGAAGAAAAGGUGGUGUUUGCAGCAACAGAGUUUGUGAUUGUCAGCCUCGGGAAGCAGUUUGUGGAGAACCCUCCGGUAGACCUGGCGAACCUCUACAAUGACAUGUCCCCUUCCACACCGCUGGUUUUCAUUCUCAGCACGGGAUCCGACCCCAUGGGGGCCUUCCAGCGCUUUGCAAAAGAAAGAGGUUGUCUGGACAGAGUUGAGUCCAUCUCAUUGGGUCAAGGCCAGGGGCCGAUAGCAGAGAAGAUGAUCUAUGCAGCAGUGAAGAGUGGCAAAUGGGUCUUUCUGCAGAACUGUCACCUGGCUGUCUCCUGGAUGUUGGCAAUGGAGGAGCUCAUCAAGACCUUCACUGAGCCUGACACAUCAAUCCACGAGAACUUUCGUUUGUUUCUCAGUUCCAUGCCGACCAAAGUCUUUCCUGUUACUGUGCUUCAGAACUCUGUCAAGGUAACUAACGAGCCUCCUAAAGGCCUGCGAGCCAACAUGCGACGGGCCUUCACAGAGAUCUCCAGCAACUUCUUUGAAGAUCACGUUCUGGGACGCGAGUGGAGGAAGAUCAUCUUUGGAGUCUGCUUCUUCCAUGCAAUCAUCCAGGAGCGGAAGAAGUUUGGUCCUCUUGGCUGGAACAUCCGCUAUGAGUUUAACGACAGUGACAGGGAGUGUGCUCUGCUCAACCUCAACCUCUACUGCAAAGAGGGCAACAUCCCUUGGGAUGCUCUCAUCUACAUCACUGGUGAGAUCACGUAUGGAGGCAGAGUGACGGACGCCUGGGACCAACGCUGCCUCAGGACCAUCCUCAAAGGCUUCUUCUCGCCUCAAACCCUGGAGUCUGGCUACGUCUAUUCCUACUCAGGUAUCUACUUUGCCCCAGAGACGGAUAAACUGGAGCAAUACAAUAAAUAUAUUGAGAGGCUUCCGAUCAUAGAUGAUCCUGAGGUCUUUGGCAUGCAUGAGAAUGCUAACCUGGCCUUCCAGCGGCAAGAAACCAUGACUCUAAUCAGCACCAUACUGGAUGUAAAUCCUCGCUCAUCAGCCUGCCAUGGAGCUAAAAGUAAUGAUGACAUCGUCUGCGAGCUCGCUGAAUCCAUCUUGGCCAAGUUACCUGAUUGUCUGGACAUGGACGAGGCGGUGGAAACGCUGUUUGUUCGAGACGAACAUGGCCGCCUUAACUCCCUGACGACCGUGUUGGGCCAAGAGGCAGACAGAUUCAACAACCUGCUGAGAGUGCUCAGGAUGUCUCUAAUCACUCUGCAGAAGGCCAUCGCAGGUCUGGUGGUGAUGUCAGAAGAGAUGGACCGUAUAUAUACCAGCUUCCUGCACAACCAGGUUCCCACCCACUGGGCAAACUCUGCCUACCCUUCUCUCAAAACCCUGGCCUCCUGGGUCAGAGAUCUGGACCUCAGGACGUCCUUAGUCCAGACUUGGAUCACACGAGGUCAGCCCAAAUCUUUCUGGAUCUCAGGAUUCUUCUUCCCUCAAGGCUUCCUUACUGGGGUGCUUCAGAAUCACGCCAGGCACUACAAUUUGCCCAUUGAUGAGCUCAACUUCCGCUUUAACAUGGUGCCGGUGUACCGAGACCAGGUAGCAGUCUGUGAGGCUCUACGCAAUCUGCCUGAAAAUACUGAACUGGACAUGGAUGAUGAGGUAUUGGUCGGAGGGGGGGGGGGGGAUUACCCGAGCCUGCAGGACGGCGUCCUUGUGCACGGCAUGUUCAUGGAUUCCAGUCGCUGGGACGAUGACAACAUGGUGAUGGAGGAUGCGUUACCUCGAGUGAUGAACGCCAUGCUGCCGGUGGUGCACUUUGAGCCACAGCGGAACUACGUGCCUGAGCCUGACCUCUAUCACGCUCCUCUGUACAAAACCUCAGCCAGAGCUGGGACUCUGUCCACCACAGGUCACUCGACUAAUUUUGUUGUGACAGUAAUGCUUCCCUCCAAUCGACCCAGCGACUAUUGGAUAUCAAAAGCUUCUGCUCUGCUGUGCCAGUUGGAUGAUUAAGUUGGUAUUCAAGGAUAGAAAAAGGAAUUUUAAAUGUGACUGAAACCUUGCACAACUUUGAAUUACCGUGAAGCUUCUGUGGAAUUAUUUACAGCGAUUCUUUUCACAGACAUGAUUUCUGCUGAAAGUGCACUUACUUCACACGCAGUGUAAUAAACACUUGUGAGCCAGCCCUGACUGAUCUACCCGCUUCCUUUUUGUACACUCUCGUGUAUCCGAUGAGAUUAAUACCAGUUAUAUGCACGAACAAAGUCUUAUCCUGCUGACACAUGAUGGCGUGGUGCAGUACAUCCGGAUCUUUGAAGAUGAGACAUUCUCCACGGUGUAAACACCAUAUUCUACACUCACAUGCUGGGGAGCUCCUUUCAGGCUGUGCAGUAAGUCAUUGGAUGAAUGUGCAGUUCACAUGUAGCUCCGGGAGAGAAAAUAUGGAGGGAUGGUCGACAGAAAAAGCUACAGUAGAUGGUUGAACGGAGAUGUUUGGCCAGACACAUGGAUGUUAAUGUUUCUCAAAGAAAAAACAAAAGAGGGGAAUAGCUGAGAGGGCUGUGUUGAGACAGGACAAGGACUGAUGAUCAUCAAAUGAUGAAAUGUUUCCGCCACUGCCCCCACACACAUCAGCAGCCUAUUUGUGUCACUUAGGGCAUGCAAUGCAAACACAUAAAAUAUGGCUCUUCAAACACAUUAAGUACACCCACUGCAGUACUGGGGCAGGGUGCAGACGCACUCAAUCUCUGUCUCCGUCACACACAGUGCCUGCUGCACGCCUUACUGCUCCGCUAACGCCAAGCAGGAAUGGGCAUACAUAAACAGUGUAUUCAACAUCAACCUGCCACGAAGAGCGGCACACAUAAACAUAUAUAAAUAAAAGUACACUGCUGUAGAGAGAAAGACAAGUUUAAAAGCAUCGGUUCAGAUGAUAGAUAUUUUAUAUGACAAUAUCCUGACUUUUUUUAUUUAUAACAGAUACAAUUUGCAAAAUGCUGUAUUACUAAUUUUACCUUCAAAAGCUCAAAUAGCCAGCAUAACAAAUUAUUAGGUAUAAGUAUAACUGCAUCGAUCUUAUUAGGUGAUGCAUCAUUCAGUUUAUCAGAGCCUCACAACA